AGUACCUAUUGUGUAAACCUGUUUACAAAUAAGCCGUGUUGAUCACAGAGUCUGGUUAAUUCAGGAGCUGUUGACCGAAUGCUAGUACAGUAAGAUUGUGCAAUCUUUCGUCGCUUCAUAUUUCUAGACGCGCAAAUAUUAAUGGCAUCUUAAAAACUAAGAAGGAACAAAAAUUACCUAGGCAAAUAAAUAGCAGAAUGCCAGCAGUCCAGAUUAGUGUACAUUCAUAGGUUGGAGUAUCUAUAUUUACCCCAGAGGCAACAGAGCACCUGAAAACACACUGCGCUAGUAGGCAGAGAGGCCUAUCCAACCUUCCAGCUUUAUGUAAAAGGAUUUGGCUCAAGAUGCGCUAAGCCUUCAACAAGAGUGGAAGGGUAACUAAAGGGGUGGCAGUCUUUGAGUCUGUUUUCUUAUCGGUGUUAAAUCCUGUGUAACAUGAUUUACAAGGUUUAGGUAUCAGAAUGAUUACCUCAUGAAGCGAAAAGUUGCUGUCUACUUUGAGCUUUCCUUUCCACCGUUGAGCAAAUGUUCUGUUGCUGAUCUACGGCACGUUUCUACAGGAUCUGUUUCAUUCAUCUUUGAAUUCCACAUUUUGUAUCAAAAUCUUUAGAAACCCUAUAUAUAAAGGGACAGUUCACCCAAAAAUGAAAAGUAAACUUUUAAUGGGAGUACUUUCUUAGCAUUCCUGUUGCAAAGUUGCAGUGUGUAUAAUAACCAGCCUCUAAAAAUGUUAGACAUGAGCGUACGUGGUGAUACCUAUUAGGUUCAUUGGCUAUUUUUAUAUGGGGAUGUAGAGAGAGAGAGAGGUGGGGGUGGACUGGUCACCACUCCUCCUAAGAGCAUUACGAGUGCAUUUGUUUGUGACAUUAGCGGAGUGUGCUGUCACUGUCAUAUGGCAAGCCAAGGCAGCCUCGACUGGUUUAGAGCAGAGACGGUUAUUCCGGAUCGCAGCCGUUUACCCUCCGCUGUUCCCAGCAGAGCCCUGGGCUUAAUCCAGAGCGGAACGCAGCCUGUCACAGAGCUUUCUCCUCCAGCUUCUUGUUCGUUAAUGGAGUUCCGGCAGGGCAGCGGUGAUUACUGCCACGCCCAACAUCGCAACGCUUGAUCACGGGUGGAUGUGCCCGAAAUCUGCUACUGAAUGUCCAGAGAAACGCCUUCUCUGCUCUUCUCUCGCUGGUCUUUCUGACUGACCGCUUUGCUGUACGCCAAAUGGGUUAAUUGGCAUCACUGCACCUGGCAUUUAGCUACCGGACACUGUUCCACCCAUCUAGUUGCCCGGCAGAGCAUCCCAGAUUUGUUGGAAGAGGAAAACUUUUGUGGCCUCUAAUUUCCCAGACAGGCAGCUUUCGAUUUUAUAUACUGGUUAGUAGUGAUUUACCGCAGAGGAUCCUGCAAAUACCUGACACUUUCACUGUGAUAGUGCAUCUGCUGUAGUACUGUACCGUGAGUGGAGCUCUGUGGAUCCUGGCCCAGAUUGGGUGCUCUUUUUCUUCUGUUGAGUGGACACCAGCAUGGCCAGGAUGAACCGUCCGGCUCCUGUCGAGGUCUGCUACAAAAACAUGCGCUUCCUUAUUACGCACAACCCAACCAAUGCAUCAUUAAGCAGCUUCAUUGAGGAUCUGAAAAAAUAUGGGGCAACAACAGUGGUGCGCGUGUGUGAAAUCACCUAUGAUAAAACACCACUGGAAAAAGAUGGAAUUACAGUCAUGGAUUGGCCGUUCGAUGACGGCGCACCUCCUCCUACCAAGAUCGUGGAUGACUGGCUUAGUCUGCUGAAAAAUAAAUUCUGUGAGGAUCCAGGCUGCUGUGUGGCUGUGCAUUGUGUGGCCGGACUGGGCCGGGCUCCAGUGCUGGUGGCUCUGGCACUUAUAGAGAGCGGAAUGAAAUAUGAAGACGCCAUUCAGUUGAUCAGGCAAAAACGCCGGGGCGCCAUCAACAGCAAGCAGCUGACAUACCUGGAGAAGUACCGCCCCAAACAGAGACUGCGUUUCAAAGACCCACACAACCACAAAAGCAAGUGCUGCCUCAUGUGAACCGGUCUCACCGGCCUGCCACUGAAGGAACCAGUCAGUCACGGACUAAACCGGACUUUAAAAUUACCAAUCUAGUGCAUUUGAACUCUUGCUACAUUUCAGGAGGGGAAUUCAACCCCCUUUUGGUGUAUGUCAGACCCCUGCACACAGGGUCUUCACCAGCUCAGGGCUGUGAAAGACGAGCCUCUUGAAUUUUGUCUUUACACACAAACCCCCUCUCAUCCUCCUCAGCGUGUUCACAAAUGUAUGGUGAACGCAAACACACACCGAUGCACACACUCACACUGUACCAGCAGCACACAGUCCAAAGAUGAUCAUGGGCACCAGCCACCUGCUCAGAAAACAAAAUCACUGUUGUUAUGCUCACGCUUUCGUAUGAAACCGCUCGACUACCCUUUCUUUCUCUUUUGUAAUUUUGAAAUUUCAGAAUGCAUGUCGCUGUACUUUGAAGAUGUGAGUGAGUGGUUUAACCUAGCGCUCCUUUUUUUUUUUUUCUACAUUGUAUCAUGUAUCAUCUACUCUGGGAUUCAAGUUUUUGCACCACUGGCUGCUUAUUAAUAGAACUGUGGGUGUCUGGAUGAAUAACAGCACACGUUAACAAGACUUCCAGGUUUUUGGAUGUUUUAGCUGCUUUGAAAUCAUGUUGAAACUCAAAGAAAUCCAGCUGAUCUGAUACCCUGUUGCAGCAAUGAACCGAGAGAAAUCCAUGUGUGAGCACGCUUGUAGAUCAGUAGUUUUAAUUUAACACAGCAGCCACAAGAGGGAGUCAUCACACUACGCAUUUCACAUGAAAAAUCUUUUGCAGCACAUAAGUACAGCGUUUUUGAAUUUUAUUUAUUUUUUGUCAUUUGCGCUCAGUGCUCACGCGUGGCUGUUUCUCACGGACAUAGCUGUACUGUGGACACUUACUGUGGAAUGGAACUUUUUCAGAGUGAGGCUUAAAAUAUUUAGUCAUGUCCAUACAGUAGGAAAUUAAAUGGAACAACAGGAUCUCUGCUUAACUAGACAUCAGUGAAGGAAAACAAAAGGUACUGAAAUGAUCUGCUAAUAUGAAAUGCAUAAGACCUUGGAUCUGGGAUAAUGACAUUUCUCUGCCUUUGAAAUCCAAAGCAAAAGCAAAUGUUAAGGAAAUGUGUAAUAAAAGAGUAUGUUUGCAUAAUUGUGGUUCUGAGAAGGAUAAGCAAAUGCUUGUUUAAUAGAUUAAGGUUACAUUUUGCUUACAUUUGUCAGUUUAAUUCACUUCUCCUCUCUUGUUUAUCUACAAAGGCAAUGGCUGGAGAACUGACAUAUUUUAAUGCUGAGCUCACUCCAAUUUAGAGCUAAACUUUAAGACAGGAGAUCAGGUUUUUCCUCAAGUUCACAUUUCUGGAUAUGAUACCAUGGUGGAUCCCCAUUUUUUUUUUUUUUAAAAAAAAGAAAAGUGUGAAUAAAGCAGCUCAGUGUUGCUCACAUAUAUAAGGGCUUCUCUCACAUGCUGACAUGAGUCACUUUUAUCACUGUCUCCACCACCUGUUGAGUGUCUGCAUUUGCAAAUCUGGAAUGUUUUGAUGAGUUGUGGCCUCAAUAAAUUUAAUAGUUCUUCUUGGAAUGUCUCUGGAAACCGAUGUGAUCAGCAAAAUAAUAGUCAAAGGUAACAUGCUUUUGUGAUAAAGGAUGGCACAAGACUCAAACUACACACCGCAUUAAAGUUCAUCCUGACCUUGUUCAGUUGUGGUCUUGAAGAUGAAGACAUCAUUAGUGAGAAUGUCCACCAUGUGACUUUUUGUACUUUUAUUUUUCUUCUAAGCUCUGAUUAUGAAUAAACCAACAGCUGAAGUCAUUACCAUUGA